AUUGGUUGAUAUAGUGUUGAUCUCUAACAUUAUUCUAAAAUAAAUUAUUAUAAGCUUCACAGAAAGCUAAGCAUUGUUCACCAACACCAUACUGCUUUGUAAUAUAUAAGUACCUUCGGUUUAUCUCAUACUUGCUUCAGUCACUUCCCGUCUAUCUUUCCAAAAAAGUGAAAAAAAAAAGAAAGAAAAAGUUAGUUGUUGUAGCACAGCAUGAAUCCCCAGGCAUACAUAUUGCUGUUAGCAUUUGUGAUAGUAGGAAGGGCAACGGUAAAUUCAACCAAUGACAAGGACAAAGAGGAAUGCACGCAACAAUUAGGAGGGUUAGCAACAUGUCUGCCUUAUGUCGGCGGCGGUGGAGCAAAGGCUCCGACACCGGAUUGUUGUAACGGUCUGAAGCAAGUGCUGAAGAACAGCAAGAAGUGCUUGUGUUUUAUUAUCAAAGAUCGUAAUGAUCCAGACCUUGGGGGAAUACAGAUUAAUUUGACCUUAGCUUUGGGCCUGCCAACAGCUUGCAAUGCCCCUGCCAAUAUCUCCAAGUGCCCAGGUAUAUUUUGGUUUUCAAGUCCUGUCGCACCCGCUCCUUUUGAUGGAGUAAGUCCAGUAAGCGGAAAAGGACAGAGUAAAGGGAAAAGUAGUCAGGAAACCAGCUCUGCUCAGAAGAACGAGGCACUAUGGAAGGACAAAAAGCUGUUCGGUUUAGCAAUUUUGGGUUUUGGUCUUCAAAUUGUUGGGCUCUUUUUUCGGCUUUGAAACUUCAAAAAUUAUCUUCUUUCAUAGGGAGAGAACUUCUUUCUUUGGGGGCAUAAAUGAUUUUGUGCCAUUUGCGUCAUUGUAUCAAUGCCAUCUACGAAAUGGUAUAGAGAAAAGUUGGGUGUAAAAAAUAAAAAUAUUGUAAAAGAAGGGAGUAAAGGGAGGGACAAUAUUUCGGUACGAUUAUUGCUGUGGGUCCCAAGUUUACUUUGAAAUUGAUUUUGUACUUUGUUAUUACUUAUUAGUGGAUACUAUUCUAACCAUACUAUUGGUCUCACACAAUAAUUAUCUAAAAGUUAAAUGAAGACUCAUUUAUGAGUUUAAUUAAUAAAAAGAAUGUUUUAACAUUC